CACACCUCGCAUAUUGCGUCAGAUCGACGUGAUUGUGAAGAUGAAGUUGAACCACUUGACGCUGAAAGGAUUCGGCGGUCGCUUCAGCAACUAUCAUCUAAUUGAAGGGGAAAAAAACAUUACAAGUUAAGAAAACCCUAGUUUAGAUCUUAGAAUCGGAAGAAAAAAGCAUGGGGUUUAGAUUGAGAAAUCUGAAUCCCUUAUACCGAACAUGCAUUACACGCCUUUCCUCUUCGAAUUUCCCCCCUCCGGUCUUGGAAUCGCUUAAUUGCCAUCCAUUACAGCCCUUUUUGACUGAAAAUCCCGCAUUCAAAAUCCCAAAGAGAUGGCAUUUGGGUCAUUCCCACCACGAUGAACACGAUCGCCGCCACAAGGAGGGAGAGAAUAUUUUCCGCUUGGGUCUCGCCGCCGACAUCUGUUUAGCCACUGGAAAAGCCUUCACCGGGUAUCUUUCCGGGAGCACCGCCAUUAUCGCCGAUGCUGCUCAUUCCAUAUCCGAUGUGGUUCUUAGUGGCAUAGCUUUGGUUUCUUUCAAGGUUGCCAAGGCGCCUAGAGAUAAAGAACAUCCAUAUGGACAUGGCAAAUUUGAGACUAUAGGAGCUCUUGGAAUCUCUUGCAUGCUUUUGGCUACUGGAGGUGGCAUUGCUUGGCAUGCUGUAGACCUUUUGAUGGGAUUGUUCUCACCUGGUCCUGAAAUGGUUAGCCAGGCAUUAGCACAUGGACAUGGGCAUAGCCACGAGCAUGGUGGACAUCAUCAUGGAAUUGACAUGGAUCAUCCCAUACUUGCUUUGAAUAUGACUAUUGUGUCAAUAUGCGUUAAAGAAGGGCUUUACUGGGUAACAAAACAAGCUGGUGAGAAGCAAGGUAGUGGACUAAUGAAAGCAAAUGCAUGGCACCAUCGUGCAGAUGCAAUUUCAUCAGUUGUUGCUCUCAUUGGAGUUGGAGGAUCUAUUCUUGGAAUGAAGUUUCUAGAUCCCCUUGCUGGACUUCUCGUCUCAGGCAUGAUUUUGAAAGCUGGAGCUGAAAGUGGUUACCAAAGUGUCUUGGAAUUGGUUGAUGCUGCAAUCCCGGCACAGCAGUUGGAUCCUAUUAAACAAACAAUAUUGCAAGUUGAUGGUGUCAAGGGGUGCCAUCGUUUAAGAGGUAGAAGAGCUGGUUCAUAUCUGUAUCUUGAUGUACAUAUUGAGGUUGAUCCUUUUUCUAGUGUCACUGCUGCACAUGAUAUUGGGGAAAAAGUUCGUCACCAAAUUCACAAGUCUCACCCUACUGUGGUUGAAAUUUUUAUACACAUAGAUCCUGCAAUGUCAUAUGCUUCUCCCUGCACAAUAGAUCAGCAAGAUAGUUGGAGCGCAGACAUGGACCAGCAGAGUAUUGUUCCUGCUGAGGAUGAUAACAUUAAAGAAAUUGUUUCUGACAUCAUCUCAUCCAAAUUCCCUCAGAUGCUAGUUGAGCGCAUAACUCGCCACACGUUUCAAAGCAAGUUAGUUCUUCAAAUUGAGGUUUCCAUGCCACAUGAUAUCCUAAUUCGGCAUGCAAUGGAAAUGGCACAGCAAGCAGAGAAAGAGAUUUUGAAGGCCGUCUCGAAUACAAUUCAUGUUUGCAUUCAGCUGCGUUUGGGGCAACCAUUCCCACAGAUCAGUCAUACUUAGGACCAUCUCCAUCGGUUAUGGAAAGCCAAUUUUUUUGUUACUCCACGCCUCUUUUUACUAUGACUUAAGUUAAAUAGAUUAUUGCAAUAUAGCUCUGGUACCUAGUCUGAUAACAUACCAGCCAAUGACUUCGAGAAUUUCUCAGGAGGUGGAAAGGUGAAGAGACCUCAUAGCCCUGCAAAAUUACUGAAUGUGGCUAAAUAACGAACCUCUUGGAGUACAGUUGUUUAAUGGCAGAUUUGUUCCUUUAUUAGCACCGUGUAAGUCCAAAGUUUCAUCAAAACCUAAAACUUUUCCGUCUGCAGUGUUGAUCAGCAUUAGAUAUUUUUUGCAAUA